GAUUGGCAAGCCACUGCAGCCACGUGGGGGGCGGAGCUGGUGGCGUGCGCCCUGCUUUGCGCGCGGGGCUUCCCUUCUUGCGCCUCGUUUGCGCCCUCGAUCCUGAGCCCGCUGCGGAUCUCCCCCCCCAACCAGGAUUUCAUCUCAGUGGCAAAACGGAUGAAGGGCCGAAAGGCAACGUGAAACCCUCAUCAUUUCAGAGGCGUUUUUCCUCCAGAAAAAAUCAGCUUUGAUCUUGCUCUAAAAUGGCCAGCCUAGUUGCCACAGAUUUUUACUUGCAAACUCUGGCGAAGAAGAUUUGCACCCAGGAACUCCGUGAACCGCUGAAAAGGACGUUUGGAGUGUCUGGAAGCAAGCUGAGGGAUGAGAGCGCUCAGCCCAGGAAGAAGAAGAAGAAGAAAGAAAGAAAUCAGAAAAAUAAAAAUAAAAUGGAGGCUUCUAGGAGCGAAUUCAGCCAAGUGUCGCCAGCCAAACCAGCAGGCUCCAAUGUUAAGAAGCCAGGGUCAGUUACUUCAAUCACACCUGGUACCAAUGCAGAGGAAAGAAAUGGGAAAGACACGUCAGUAACACCUGGUGUUACAGGGGGUAAAAAGGCACCUGACACGAAUUUCGCAAUGGAUUUCUUGCGGCAGAGGCUACACAGCAAAAUUGAAGAAAUAUCUGGGAAGGCUAGUACCCAAGAUCUGUCACCUUCUGUGCUGGAGAAGCGCCAGCGAAGGAAAUACGAACGAGAGAGAAAGAAACGUCGGAGGAAAGAGUUCAGAAUGAAGGAGAAAUUGGAGAAGGAAACCGCAGAAGAGGCCUCGUCCGCCGUGGUUUCAGAGACCCAGCAGGCAGAGAGCAAGCCUGACAUCUUGUUUAAUAACGUGGAGGUCGGCGCAGAAGAGGAGCCGAACAAAGUGAAGAAGAAGGAGGAUAAAAGAAAAUCCGUUAAAGGCAACAUAACACCACUGACCGGCAAGAAUUAUAAACAACUCUUGGACCGUCUGGAAUCUCGGAAAACCAAGCUGGAAGAGUUGAAGGCCAAAGAUGAGGAGAAAGCUAAGGAGUUGGAGGCAAAGAUGCAGUGGACCAAUGUCCUUUACAAAGCAGAAGGUGUGAAGAUCCGCGAUGAUGAAGAGAAGCUGAAGGCCGCCCUGAAACGCAAGGAGAAGCGCAAAGCCCAGCGUCAGAGGAAGUGGGAAAAGCGGACUGAACAAGUGGUAGAGAGAAUGCAGCAGCGACAAGAGAAACGUCGCAAGAACAUCCAGCAGAAGAAGCUGGCCAGAAUUGAGAAGAAGAAGGCUAAAGCUCGGAAGAAAGGCCGCAUCCUUCCUGAAGAUCUCAAGAAAGCUGGCACUAAAUGAAACUUGAGUUUUAACCCAGUUUGGGUUGAAUGAACAAUGUGGUGGUUGUUAGGGAAUCCAUGAAGAUUUUCCUUCAAGCUGACAGGGCAUGGAGAUGAUGUAACCAAGUCUGUUUGGGUCAACCCUGGGUUUGAGGAGGACCUCAAGGAUGGCAGAUACUUCUUUCUCAACCAGAAUUGAUUGCCUCUUUCCUGCUGUUAUCAAAUUAUCCUUUCCUCUUUUAGGGCGCGAGACUUAAAAAUCCCAUUAUGUAGAAUUGUGGGAUGAUAUUUAUCCUCUUAAUCUGGGAAAUAAAUUGAAGCAAGGAAAGGAACAUCUAUCCUGGUGUGCAUUCUUGGCUUGCUUGGUGAUUUAACCUAUUGUCUUGGUUUGGUAUAUUAUUUGGUAUUUGGAACUGAUUUACUGUAAACCAACCUAAGAUUUGUACAAUAUGUUAAAAAGUAAACGAACAUGAAUAUUUUGUAAGUUCCUAGAUUUUAAUUGGCAUAUUAAACAUAUUACAGGAUGCAGAUUUUGUCAGGAACUGGCUUGGGGAUAAUUCUUUUGGCUAUGUUUCUUGGAAAUACGGGGUAUUCAUCCGUCAGGACAAAAAAAUAACAAUAACAAGAGUU